UCGCUCUGCCGCUUUGUGACCCCGGCGGCUGCCGUAGCCGCUCGGGUGGCUCGGCCGAGGAGGGCUGCGCGAGGCGUUCGCAUUGUCCCUUUUUGUCCCCGGCGGCUGCCGUAGCGCCGCGAGGGGAGCACGGAAGGGAACGAGGGCUGCAGAGCCAUGAGUGACAUCCGGCACUCGCUGCUGCGGCGGGACCCCUUGAGCGCCGCCAAGGAGGUGCUCUACCACCUCGACAUCUACUUCAGCAGCCAGCUGCAGAGCACCCCGCUGCCCCUCGGCGACAAGGGCCCCGCCGAGCUCCUCGAGGAGUUCCUCUUCCAAGUGCCCAAGGAGCGAGGCGCCACCCCCAAGAGAUUGAAUUCCCUUCAGGAACUUCAGCUCCUUGAGAUCAUGUGCAACUAUUUCCAAGAGCAGACCAAGGAUUCAGUCCGGCAGAUCAUUUUCUCGUCUCUCUUCAGCCCUCAAGGAAACAAAGCUGAUGACAGCAGGAUGGCUUUGCUAGGAAAGCUGGUUUCCAUGGCAGUGGCUGUGUGCAGGGUUCCUGUGCUGGAGUGCGCUGCCUUCUGGCUGCAGCGAACCCCGGCUGUGUACUGCGUGAGGCUCGCCCGAGCCCUGGUGGAUGACUACUGCAAUUUGGUGCCAGGGUCCAUCCAGACGCUGAAGCAGAUAUUCAGUGCCAGUCCUCGCUUCUGCUGCCAGUUCAUUACAUCUGUCACAGCACUCUAUGACCUCUCUUCAGAUGACCUCAUCCCUCCUUCGGAUCUGCUCGAGUUGAUUGUUUCCUGGAUCUUUGAAGACCCUCGCUUGAUCCUCAUUACCUUCCUAAACACUCCUAUCGCAGCCAACCUGCCAAUAGGUUUUUUAGAGCUCACCCCGCUGACGGGACUGAUCCGUUGGUGCGUGAAGGCCCCCUUGGCUUACAAAAGGAAGAAGAAAGUCUCUCUCUCAAAUGGACACCCCCCCAGCAAAAUUGCCAAGGACUCGACUUCAGGAGAAGACAGAGAUUGCCACCAGCUGUAUUCAAAACUGCAUCUCAGUGUCCUGCAAGUUCUUAUGAUGCUUCAAGUGCAUUUAACGGAGAAGAACCUUUAUGGGCGCUUGGGGCUCAUACCCUUUGACCAUGUGGUUCCACUCGUUGAGGAAAUUAACAGACUGUCUGAUGAACUCAAUCCUCUCAACGCAUCCAAAGAGAUUGAACUGGCUCUAGACAGACUGGCCCAGGCUUUGCAAGUGGCCAUGGCAUCAGGAGCGCUCCUGUGCACUAGAGAUGACCUGAGAACUGUGUGCUCCCGCCUCCCUCAUAACAACCUGCUGCAGCUGGUGAUUUCAGGUCCGGUGCAGCAACCCACCCACAGCGCUCUGCCACCAGGAUUUUAUCCUCAUAUCCAUACUCCUCCUCUGGGCUACCCUGCGCAUGCUACGCACCCGGCGCUACCAGCUCACCCAGCUCUCCCAGCUCACCCCGUACAAACAUUUAUACCAGGAGUGACAUUCCCCUACCGACCUAUUCGCUAAAAUGCUAGGACUGUAGGGUGUUUCCAGUUUCCUUUAGUUUGAAGAAGCCUUGCAGAUGAAGCCAAACGUCUCGGGAACCACAUUUUCCUCUGGUGUAAAGCUGGGCAAUGCCCAUCUGCAGGAUCAGCCCUUUGCCAGUAGAGAAGACACAGGCGGGUGGGCUGCCCGCAUUUGGAUGAGGACACUAAGGCAGAUCAUAGGGAUGAAAGGAGAGGAUGGGAGAAGGCAACAAACUCCAAACCUCUGCAGUGUGGGGCAAUGUUUUUCAUCCACAUUGUUUCAUACAGUCACCAAGAGUGUGUUCUUUCUCAGUCGUGUUUUUUUCUGUAGCCCUGAUCUGCUUACAGCGCGGUGAGCCCAGCGCAUCCUGCUCUAGGAGGGCCAGAAAGAAAGGCCUGAGUUCUUUCAAGCUAGUCCACUCCAGCCUGCUUGUUUGUUUGUAAAUGUUUGUAUCUAUAGCUACAGAGUACCUGUACACUGUAUAUUUUUGGAACACAAAUGUUUGUUUCAGAAGCACAAGGUAGAGCAAAGCAGCACUUCCUAUUAAAGGAAACAAUUUAAGAAGCGUAAAAUAAAUUUGCUGCUUUAUCUUCCAGGUAGAAUCAGGGAAUGGUUUGGAUUGGAAGGGACGUUAAAGCCCAUCCAGUUCCACCCCCCUGCCACGGGCAGGGACACCUCCCAGUGGAUCAGGGACUCCAAGCCCCAUCCAACCUGGCCUUGAACACCUCCAGGGAUGGGGCAGCCACCACUGCUCUGGGCAGCCUGGGCCAGAGCGUCACAGGAAAACAUUUCUCCCUAAGAUCUUGUUUCAAUCUCCCCUCUUUCAGAUGGAAACCAUGCCCCCUUGUCCUAUCCCUGCACUUCCUGAUCAAAAACCCCUCCCCAGGUUUCCUGUAGGCCCCAAGUAGUAAUUAGAAGGUCCAGCUCAUUAGGCCCAUGUCAGGGAGGGAACAGAACCUGAUGUGGCUGCAGCGACCACCAUCUUCCUGGUUCAGCAAAUCCCCUCCAUGCACAUCAGUCACUUGAGGACCUUUGGGUGCAAUCCGGUGGGCUGUAACUGGUGCUGGCUGGUAAAACUGGCUGAAGGCUGACUGCGAGGUGCUGGCAGGUGCGGGAGCAUCCCAGGAAGGGCAGCAGACUGCUGAAAACUCUGCUGUGAUCCUCUGAACCCCUUCCACUGGGUGAAAAAGCAAGGAAGAAGGGUCUUUUCUACACAUUAGUGACUUUAUUGGACAGACUUCCACUGCUGUCCUCGUCAGGGAGGAUGUGGUGGUUGUGGUUACCUGCUCGCACGCUGGCUGCAAAAACAGAACAGAUGAAAGUGGUGAAAAUCUGGUUUGAACAAAAUGACCAAGAAAGAAAUUGUGUUUGCCCUUUUCUGGAAAGGGAAGGCAAUUAAUAAUACUUUAA